UUGAACCAGAAGUUGAGAGAAAGCACAGAAGAAGAGGAGCCCCCCAAGUCUCAGACGUGUACAGACCUGCAACCUGUUCAGGAAUCGUGUCAGUCCACCCGUUGGUACUGGAAGCUAGUCCCCCAUGCUAUCGCUUUUUGUUUGAAGGAGUCGGGGAAUAAGCCACCAGUGAUCCGCUACAGGAAGGACAAAGUGCAGUCUAAGCUGACUCCUACUUUCCCUCUGGUCUCUGCGGUCAAAGAUCUAUCUAAUGGCUGUGCAAUAGCUGCUGUGCUGCACUACUACUGCCCCAGCUUGCUGCCUCUAGAGGAUGUGUGUCUGAAGGACACCAUGUCAGUGGCUGACAGUCUCUACAACCUGCAGCUGAUCAAAGAGUUUUGUGAGAGCAGCUUGCAGUGCUGCUGCCCCCUCGCUGUGGAGGACCUGCUCUACGCUCCACCCGCUCUGCAUCUGAACAUCAUGAGCUUCAUGGCAGAGCUGCUGGAGUGGUUUGAGGUGAAGAAGCCUGACUUUGUGCAGCCCUUACAACCCAUUGACCUCUCAGAUGUCUCAGGGUUACUAGACUGUACAAGUCCCGUCAGUGGAAACAGCAACAGUGGUUCUCCUUCCUUCAUCUUCAAACAACCCUUCGUGCCCAUCUGCUCCCCAGUGUCACCUGAAAACAAAAGUUGGACAAAGAAGCAGAUCAGCACUGACAGCCUCACCACCGGCAUCCCUGCAAUGAGCUCACCGGUGACAUCAGCAGGGAUGACUCGUGUCCCCUACAGCCCUCCAGAAGACCUCAGUCACCUGGUCAGCGCUUCAGCUCCACUGCAGCGGUCUUCCUGGGGCCCCUAUGCACACACGGCACCACUGGGGGAGCUGCCAACCAUUGAGGAGGCGCUACAGGUGGUCCACACACCCGGGAGCAAAGAUCGGAAGAAAGGACGGACAAUUGAGAAAACUGGGAGAGGGGUGCUGGUGAGCCGACCAGAGCCCAGGUUACGCCCCGAAGGAGCCCCUGCAGGUUUCUUCCUGCACUCCCCUGAAGAGGAUAAUCCCCAGCUCAGUAGCUCUGCCCCCUGUCGCUCUGGAGUCCUCUGCCGGCCAGUCGGAGGAGAAGUGGGUGAUUCUGAGAGGCAAGGAAGGCCAGAGAGGAGGGAGAGAUCAGGACGGAGCUCUGAUAUGUCACGUGAUGAUGACUCUGUGCUACGAGAUGGCAGCGUCGACUCCUCUGAAGCUUCAGAUGAUGCUCCUAGGAAUGCCCCAGGUAACAUGCGACCCAGUAAUGGUCGCCAGGGAAACCACAGCACCAGCAACAGUCCACGAAUGACGAGCUUUGCUGAGCGACGAGACAGCCGAAGGAGACAUCCUGCUGCUACUGGGGAAGACUCCGCUUCUGCUCCGACCCCAACAACCCCAGGAACUCCGCACACACCCUCCACCCCAGCAGGGGCACCUGGUCGCCAGGAGAGUCCGGGUCCCAGAGGCCCUGAACCGGGCUCUGAGGCUUGGGAGCUGGGAGCUCGUCUUGAGGAAAAACGCAAAAGCAUUGAAGCCCAAAAAAGACGGAUCGAAGCCAUUUUUGCCAAACACAGACAGAGGCUAGGUAAAACUGCUUUCCUUCAGCUGAAAAGAGAGCAAGGAGAGGGAGGAGGGGAGGGAGCAGAGGAGGACAAUCUGACCCUGGAGGAGCGUCUCACUCGAAUGGAGGAACAGUUGAAACAGGAAGAGGAGAAAGAAGAGAAAGAAAAAGAGAAAGAUGCAGAGAAGGAAAAGGAGAAGGCAUCUGUUUCCAAUCCUCCUCGGUUAGAGAAGCAGGUCACAUUCUCUAUUGAAAGUAAGAAAGGAGAAGAGAAAGAAAAAGGAGCAGAGAAACCCGGUGAAGGUGUGUUGGUGGAAUACAAUGAAGUGGUGCAGAAACUGAGUGAAGCCCUGCAGUCGCUACAGAAGGACAUGCAGAAACUUACCGAACAGCAGCAGCAGCUCAUGAGCAACCAAAGACCCAGAAACACACCCAAAACCGCUCCAAAAUCAACACCUAGAAGUAAUACCAAAACACCACCCAAAACCCCUCCUCACACUCCAACAAAGACACCGCCAAGAACCCCGACAAAGACGCCGACCAGGACCACCAGUAAAGCAUGGGUUAUUCCUGGUGGUCUCAGUCCCUCUGCUUCUUCCCCAUCACGGCGUUCUCAUGGUGUUACCUCGUCCAGCUCCCCAAAAACUACAAUCUCUUCCUCGUGCCCAGCUCCUCGCACCAAGAUUCAUGCUUCCUCAACUCCCCGCAGCCCCAAACACCACCCGCGUUCCCAUCAUCAGCCCCACCCACGGCCGUCUGAACUCAAGUUCCCUCCACUCAAUCGUGUCUUGACACCAACCCAGAAUGUGGACACACUGCCCCACCUCCGGCGUGUGUCCCCCAGCAAGUGUCAGGUACAGACCGCCUCUUCGUUCCGUAUUGGUGGGCCCAGGACUCCUCAGGAGUCUCCUCAGCCUACCCAGCAGCCACAGCCUGACGAGAACACCUCAGACACCGCCUCGAGUGAAACUCCCACUCAGUUCAGCCUGGAGUUGGAGCAGGAAGAUGCAGAGGCAGUCGGAGGGCUGCCGGUCUUGCCACAACCCAGACAAGAUCGUCCGAGGGCGACUGGUGGCAGCAGCUCUGGAGCUCCUUCUGAGUGCUCAUUUGAGAGCGAGACUUUGUCCCUGUCUGCUGCGUACAGCGCAGGAGGUGAAGGAGGAAGAGGUGCCGGGAAGCGGUGCAGUCUGAUCGAGGUGUCGUUGUCAUCUGUUGGGGGGCCAGCAGGGGGCAGUGAUGAACCAACCGAUGAGGGGCAGGAGUUUUCCUCUGAUUCUAUGAGCGAUCACACAGAAUCUGCGAUGGAACCUGCUAGAGGUCUCGCUGCAGAACCCUUGGAUCCCAUAGAGCAACUAAAUCUGGCCAUGGCAGCUGAGGAUUUACCAGAACAACCAACUGAAUCCAAAGAAGAUCAAACAAGACAGACUGAAACUUUGGAACCAAGUGGAGAACAGAAUGAAGCGGGAGCCAGAGGAGGAAUUGGAUUCUUCUUUACGGACGAGGUCCACAGUGAAGGAGAGAUGGCCCAGCGCAGAGCACUGCUGUUGGAAAGACAGCAGAAGAGAACUGAGGAGCUGAAGAAGAGGAGACAGUGGCACGAGCAAGAAAGGGAAAACAGGUAACACACAAACAACAAAAGAGUGGCAUCUCCCUCCAACACACCUCCAGUAGGAACAACCUCACCUUCCCUCACACCUCCGGCUACUCCAGCUCGCCGUGGAGAGUUCACAAGAGGGGAGUACGCACGGCGGCAGCAGCUCAGAAUCAUGGAGGACCUGGACAAAGUGCUUAAACAGAAAGUCCCCGGUCAAGGAAAAUCUUCCUCUAAGAAAGCCCGGUCCCGACCUCGCAGCAUGACCAGAGAGGAAACAAAGCUGUCUUUGAGUCCAGCCAAGGGAGCAACUGCCUCUAAGUUGACCAAAGUCUACUCUCACUCCUCGCUCAACCUGGCAGCCACAGAUGAGCCUGGAAACAGUGGGAGUGGAUCCACAAAGAAACCACACAGCAUCCGCCCUGAUUCACCUUCAGGAUGUGUGACACCAAGCAAACUGGUAAACCAGAAUGGAGAUAAGGACUGGGAAUCUGGUUCCAAUGGAACCUCACCUGCCCCAGAAUACACAGGUCCAAAACUCUUCAAAGAACCGAGCUUCAAGUCCAACAAAUUCAUUAUUCACAACGCUCUGUCUCGCUGCUGCCUCGCUGGGAAGGUCAACGAGACACAAAAGAACAAGAUAGUCGAGGAGAUGGAGAAGAGUCCUGCGAACCACUUCCUCAUCCUCUUCCGUGAUUCCAGCUGUCAGUUCAGAGGUGUGUACACCAUGAACCCCGACUCCCAGGAGAUGGUGCGACUGACCGGCGUGGGCCCACGGACUGUUAGCUCCGCCCAGGUGGAAUCCAUCUACAAAUACAGCUCAGACAGGAAGCAGUUUAGUGCCAUUCCCUCUAAAACCAUGGGCAUGAGUGUGGACGCCUUCACCAUCCCAAGUCAUCUUUGGCAAGGUGGAGGAGCAGCAGGAGGAGGAGGAAGCAGGAGAGCAAGUAUUACUAAGAAGGCAGUCAUUUCUAAGUGA